AUGGGAGAGUGGUGGACAACCAUGCCAGGAGACACAUCUAUGGGAAACCAUGACAUCUCCAGCAUAUCACAUUUAACUAUGUCACCGUCAAGGCAGAACAACCUUGCGUCAGCGCAGCCUUUAUUCAGAAACUCCUGCAAUCUGGUGACAGUGUUUUGUACAGAUGACAAUGUUCCACAGUGCAUCUCAUACAUCAAUCAGGAGCUGUCCUCCCUGGGUCUGUCCUCAUACAUGGAGGCAAGCUCAGGAGGGAGUGCCGGCCUGAACGUGGUGCCAGCUUUGAACUGCGCCUUUGAGUUGCUGCAGAUCCACAGACGCACUAUGGUCACUUUAGAGGAGCUUGAGCGAGAGCAGCUCAAGAAGUCCAGCACUUUGGAUCACAUGCAGAUGAGUAAUUCAAGACUUCGGGAUCAGCUUGAAUUAUCAUUACGGGAGAAAUUGGGUCUCCAUGAGACUGAGAGGCAGCUCCAAUUAAAAAUCAAGACCCUUCAAAGCUGCCUGAAGACAGAGAAAGAAGAGGUUCAGAAGCUCCAGCGUAUCGUUGCUAGCCGUGCGUCACAGUACAGCCAUGACGCGAAGAGAAAAGAGAAAGAGUCGGCGAAGCUCAAGGAACGCCUCAGCCAGCUACUAGUGGACAGAAAAGAUAAGAGACUUGCUAUUGAAAUGCUGAAUUGUCUUGGACGAGCAGAUGGUAAAAGGAGCCACUGGAAGACCACCAAAGUCACAAGCGGCCAUGAAGAGCAGAUGUACAAGUCCGUGUUGCGGGACUACGAAGCCAGCCAGCGCUCACUGCUGGAGGAGAAUGCUGAGCUGAAGAAGGUCCUACAGCAGAUGAAAAAAGAAAUGAUACACAUCCUGAGUCCACGCCAAGCACCAUGUAGAGGAGGAGAUGCUGAAAAUAGCCAAGAGAUGUUGGAUGCAGAUGGGGGGGAGAAGACUGGUGACUCGAGCAGGGAAAUACUGGACCUGUCAUGUGACCAAGCGAGGGAGCAGCUCACCAACAGCAUCCGGCAGCAGUGGAGGAAACUGAGGAGCCACAUGGAGAAGUUGGACCACCAAGGUAUGCAAUUUCAAAAUCAAGUGGAAUCCGAUCGAGAGGUGAUCCCGAGGGAAACCCAUGAAGAUGAAAUGGAGAAGAUGAGGCGUGAAGUGCAGCAGUGCAAAGAGUUCAUUCACACGCAGCAGCAACUCUUACAGCAACAGCUAAACACGUCAUUUGACGAGGAGACUGCAGAGCUUCUCACUGACUGCUACACCUUGGAGGAGAAGGAGCGGCUCAAGGAGGAGUGGAGGCUCUUUGAGGAGCAGAAGCGAAACUUUGAGCGGGAAAGGAAGUACUUUACCGAGGCAGCUAUCCGCCUCGGCCGAGAGAAAAAAGUCUUUGAGGACGACCGUGCCUCUUGGCUGAAAAGUCAGUUUUUAAACAUGACGCCCUUCACCAACCGUAGUCGAUGCUCCUCGACUGAUGGUUACUCUGCUUUAUCCAUUAGAAGUGAGCCAGAGAGAAGAACGUCCUCUUCAAAAAGCCAGCUAUCCUCAAACUGCACGCCAUUCUCCACUCCUAAGCCUGCGCGGGCUCAAAACGACACUGUGCCAUCCACUGCUGAACUUUACCGGACACUCCGCCUCAUUCCAGAUUCUAGUCCCUCUGGGUUUUUAAAUGGAGGACAACGGCGAGAGGCCUGCAUCAUCCCCGAUGACGUCAGAGACUCACAAGUCAAGGCCAAAAAUCGAGUCUACAGAGAAGACUUGAGUAUAUUUUCUCUCAGGGACGAUGAGAACAGUCUAACUUAA